AUGAAAGUAGAGAAGCUGAAGAGGAUUCGAUCCCGUGGGAAAUCAAAGGAAUUAAAAGAAGAUGAACAAGGAGAUGAACUUAGGGUUGCCGACCUUAAAAGAUCUUUAAUACUAAAGAAAUCCAUAGUCGUUCAGAAUGUCUCUGAAGAAAACACCGGUCAUGCACAACAAGUGAUCUCUCUUGCUCCGUCUAAUAAGAAUUUUAUUCUUAUUUAUACUGGUAGAGUUGCGAUAAUAAGUGAUGACCAAGUGACUGCUGGAAACACGAUUGAUAGUUCAUCUACUACAGUUGAUCUCGAACCUACAAACUGGACGAGAAAUCUAAUAAAAAAUCAACAAAAAUCAAUGCUUAACGGUUUUAGCUGGAAUUUACAAAGAAAAAUGUUGAAUGUAGCAAUUCAUCAAGAAUUAUUUAUACAAUCCACAUCUUUGGUAUCAUUUCUAUCAAUCAGAAUACCUUUCAUGGAUUUAAGCAUAAAAAGCGAAAAUUUACCGCUCGAUAAAUUUGAUAGAGAAGCAAAUGCAUUCAAAAUAGAAUUAAUUCGGGAAAAAAACUGGGAAAAACGAGCAAAUGAGCAACGAGCAUUAUUGGUCUUGCAAAAGUUUCUGGUUUGUUUUAUAUCGCCAAAUCUAACAGUACAGUUCAAAUUAUUGAGCCGUCAACUGGAACUCAGAGAUGGGAAAUUCAUAAAACUUAUUGAAUUAGCGAAUCGUUGUAAGGAUAUUACUAUUGACCAUGGUAAUAAUAAUAAUAAUAAUAAUAAUAAUAAUAAUAAUAAUAAUAAUAAUAAUAAUAAUAAUAAGAUUGCUUUAAAUACUUUGGGUGUUAAUACUUUGGGUAAAGUUUAUGUAUUAAGUAAAUCCAACGAAGAUUUGUUUGUUUUGACGCAAAAUUUAAAACUUUUGUAUGUAAUGCAUUUUUUAAAUCCAUCACACGAAACUUGCAAUUUUAUAAUAACCUUUAAAAAUUGCCAAACAGCCAUUACCAGAUUAAAUUCGGUUCGUUUAUUAUCAUUUCUUUUAACUUCACCAUUCUUGCCUAUUCCAGGCAUUAUCCAAAUUUUCAACAAUAGAUUUAUUCCGACAUGGGGCAGAGUAGAGAUACUCGAUAUGAUAACUUUAGCAGUGGUCACCCAACUAUUUCUCUCGUAUUAUGUUAUACUAUUUCUGAUAAUGCGGAAAGUAGCACAUAAAAUGGAUUAUGCUAACAGAAUAGGAUAA